UUUUCCACUUUUCUUAUUUAUUUCUAUUCUGAUGAACUGCCGUGGAUGGAUGCAUGCCUGGGCAGCAGAUGGCAGUAUAACAACUACACACUUGAUGUGUCGUUUCCUUUCGGCUGUGAAGCAGAAGAAGACGGCAGCCGAGAGCGGAGAGGGAUCCUUGUUUGGGAUAUCUGACCACCUUCUCAUUCAUCAAUAACAGCGCCACUCAUAACAACCGAUCAUCAACCAUGGCCGAUAAGACGAAAGUAGUAGUAACAGGGUUUGAGCCCUUCGGUGAGCACACAGUAAACUCCAGCUGGACUGCAGUACAGGAGCUAAAGCGAAUAGGACUGGGUGAGGCAGUUGAUCUGUAUGUGUGCGAGGUCCCCGUUGAAUACCAGGCUGUUCAGAGGCUGCUGCCUGCUCUGUGGGAAGAGCACCAGCCACAGGUGGUGAUCCAUGUUGGAGUUUCAGGGUUAGCCACCACACUCACUCUGGAGCAGUGCGCCCACAACAAUGGCUACAAACGUCUAGAUAACUGCAGCUUCUGCCCGGCCUCCCAGUGUUGCGUGGAGGACGGCCCGGAGUGUAUAAAAUCAGUCCUGGACAUGGAUACAGUCUGCAAAAAAGUGAAUGACUCCAACAUUGGGAUUGCGGUGUCCGUGUCCAAGGAUGCAGGAAGAUACCUGUGUGAUUACACCUACUACAUGUCUCUGUACCUGGGUCAGGGCCACUCUGCCUUCGUCCAUGUGCCUCCACUUGGAAAACCCUACAGCAGCCAGGACCUGGGCAGAGGCCUUCAGGCGGUCAUACAGGAAAUGCUGACACAGCUGGAGGGACAUCCCGCUGAGGAAGAGCACAAACAUGGCGAGCACUGCAAUUACAAGCAUUAACACCAGCAUCACCACCAAUUACUGACUUACAACUUGCGUCGACUCAAGUCAUUGGAGGCAGGAGGCGAUGACUUAGAGUGGACCAUUAACUCGAGAGAAUAACGUUGUGACUUUCUGAUUUGUUGUCUCUUUGAAGUCUGUCUUAACUGGGUGCUUUUAAAAAGCUUCAAAUAUGCUGGUCUGUUUUAGACUACCUUGGCUACAACAUCUGUUUAAUGUAGUCUACGAUGUCUGAUGUGUUUCUGUUGUGCAUGAGUAGUUGGCAUCGGUGAGUGUUUGUCGUGUCCGAUCUUCAGUACGACUAUGAAAAGAGAUGUGAGCACAACAGCAUUAUUAAUGUUGUGUUUUGUAAAAAGGGGACUAUAUGAAUACACGACGUAUAGUUUAACUACAAGUUAUAUGCGGUGACACAGCGUGCAAACUUUCACGCUAACUUGCAGUUUAAAAGCCCUGACAUUCCCCUGCUGCCUCUGAGCCUUCCUGUCGAUGAUUUCUGUUUUGCUCCGUCCUCUGAACGCUCUUGAUGGGAUUUGGAUGAUAUCUUAAAAGUAGUAAAUUAUUCCUUAUGUGGCUUGUAUUUACCCCACAGGGAAAUUGGUGACUUCUGAAUCAUGGAAGAUUUGCCUAUCUCAGGGAAUAUGUUGCACAUACAAUCAGUAUUGAGUAACUUGAUCAAUUUGAUGUGUUCUAUGUAUGAGUAGCUUUGCAAAGCAAAGCAAUCUUAACACCAUGCUUAAUUAAAGCACUUCACACAG